AUGGUGCUCUCGCUGUCAGUCCCCGGCUUCUCUAAAUCCUCCACGUCUCCUCCUCGCCCCGCGGACGCCAACACACCAGCAUCUCGUGAUCGCGGCGCAUCCUCCAGCUCCUCAAGCGGCCGAAAUGCCUGGAGACCUACUCUUUGGGCCGGAAACUCAAGCCCGGUCCCCUCGUCCUCUUCAAACACCCAAUCUGCCACGCUGAGUGAAGCCCUCCGCAAUAACCCCUUCGGCAGUAGCUCCUCCCGCACCCGCUCGCAAGUCCCCGAUAAUGAGGCGGAGGAGAGGAGGCAUGAGCAAGAAGAACUGAAUGCUGCACUGGAGACGCUUGUUCGUGUAUUCCCUGACAUUCGUAUUGAAGUGUUCCGCGAGCUCCUGCUCCGUUUCGAUGGCGAGAGUAGGUUACAAGUAUGCGUGGAGCAACUGCUGCGCCAUAAGGAGAAAUGGGUUUCUGGACGCUGGAGCAUCCCACAAGCCGACGAUGAGAAGGAUGAUCAGAAUACUCACAGCUCCAGCACCGAUAAGCACGAUCCUGCCGCUGCAGAUUGUCUGGUGCCUCUCGACGAGCGGUUUCGCUCGGUUGAAUAUAAGGCUGCGGUACGAGCGGCCCUACAGAAAGAAUUCAGUGCCCUGAAUAAAAGCACCCUCGAGGCUGUUCUUGCAGAAGCCAACUUCAGUUACCUUCGAGCCAGGCCGACCCUACGAGACCUUUCGCGUCAAAGCUGGCGUGCUACGUUCAACAGCUAUCUACCUUUCAAGCGAAAGAAGGAUCGAGAAGAACAUCCGCUCCUGGUAUGGCAACGCCGUGCCGAUGGGGAGCUGAUUCCCCGCGUUAAGGGCACUGGGUGCGGUGAACUGGAUGAGGAAUUACAUGCAAUGAUCGUGGCUCCGCUGCUGCAGCGUAGACGCCAGGAGCAGGAAACUGGUGAUUUCCAGGUAGCUUCGGAUCUGAACGAGAAAGAAGCUGAGGCAGUGAACGCUUUGUUCGAGUGCGAGUGCUGCUUUGCCGAUGUUACUUUUGAGCAGAUUGCCACUUGCUCUGCGAAUGUCCACAUCAUUUGCUACAACUGCAUCCAGCGCACGAUUGAGGAAGCAUUGUUCGGCCAGGGCUGGGGGAAAUCGGUUGAUCUGGAGCACUCGACGCUGAAAUGCCUCGCUCCGCUGUCUAUUGGUGCGUGUGAUGGACGCCUUCAUCCCCAGAUCGUGCGCCAAGCCAUUCUUCUUGGAAAGGCUGGGUCGGAGACCUACAGCAAAUUCGAAGACAGGCUAGCCUCUGAGGUGCUGCUGAAGUCACAGUUGAAGCUUGUACGUUGCCCCUUCUGCUCAUACGCCGAAGCGGACCCGGUCUAUCAUCCUUCGGAUCGGGGCAUUGGCUGGCGUAUUCGCACAGAUGCCGGCGUACUCCCGACCCUUACAACGAUCACACUCCUACUCGACCUUGUACCCUUAUUGAUCAUCCCCUUCUUCGUUCUCUUGAUUUUUGACCCUCUGUUCCUCACAUCCCUCUUCCGAAACGCCAUCCAAAACCUGUGUCUCAAGACUCGGCCGAAGCGGUUUACAUGCGCCAACCCGACCUGUAAACGAACCAGCUGUUUAACAUGCCAAAAGGCAUGGCGCGACCCACAUGUCUGCCACGAGCCAUUGCUGCUUGACUUGCGCGCAACAAUCGAAGCUGCUCGUACAGCUGCCGUGAAACGCACCUGUCCACGCUGCAGCCUCUCGUUCGUCAAGUCUUCUGGCUGCAAUAAACUGACCUGCAUUUGCGGUUACUCCAUGUGCUAUCUAUGCCGCAAAGCGCUCGGUCCUCCCAUCGAUCCCAAUAGAGUCCGCCGCGGUAACCGACGGCCUCGACAGCAAGGGCCGGAACUCUUUGACGGGGCAGUCGAUGAGGAGAACAACGAGGACGCGCUAGACGAAGACGAGCCCGAGGAAAUGGAGGGCUACAAGCACUUCUGCGAGCAUUUCCGAAUAAACCCCGGCUCUCGCUGCACGGAAUGUACCAAAUGCGACCUUUACCAAGCCGAAGACGAGGAACUUGUUGCCCGGCGUGCGGGCGAAAAGGCUGAGCGCGAGUGGCUUAUCCGACAGGGCAAUUCGAGCUCUCAAGCGCCUUCGUCUGUACUUGCUCUCCGUAAUGUGAAUCAGGAUCUGUCAAUGGGAAAUGAGGGCCAUAAUAAUUCCACUCGCCGCGCACCUCAGUCCCUAUGGGAUGUCCAACUGGUUCCUGGUAAGCCCUGGGAUUACUGGCUCUAUGAUGUGUGGACAGAAGGACGGUGGAGACUGGAAGGACAAAAUCUGGUAAACUGGAUCGUGGAACAAGUGGUUGUCAUCGAGGAUAUCUGA